GAGAGAGAGAGAGAGAGAGAGAGAGAGAGAGAGAGAGAGAGAGAGAGAGAGAGAGAGAGAGAGAGAGAGAGAGAGAGAGAGAGGAGGUGUUUAAACAGUGUUACCGGCCGCAGACAGACAGAAGGAAGGCAGUCGGGCAGGAGCGAGAGAGAGAUCUUAUUGUGCGCGCUGUCUUCAACCCGACAGAGAGAGACGAGGAGAGACAGAGAGAGAGAGAAGGGAGAAGGAUCGCCACCACAAACGGUUUUACUCCCAGUUCUAGAAGGAGCGGCAGCGGUGUUUGGGAUGGGGAAAGGCGGCGAGAAAACGGAGGAGAAUGGGGAGUGCGGCGGCGGCGGUAAGAGACUGGGAGUCUACACCUGGGAGGAGGUCCAGAAACACGCCCUGAAGACAGACAAGUGGCUGGUGAUCGAGAGGAAGGUGUACAACAUCACCGACUGGGCGAAGAGACACCCCGGCGGCGUGCGAGUCAUCAGCCACUACGCCGGGGAGGACGCCACGGAUGCUUUCCAAGCGUUCCACCCGGAGCCGGAGUUCGUUCGGAAGUUCCUGAAGCCGCUGCUGAUCGGAGAGCUGGCACCCGGAGAGCCGAGUCAGGACCGGGACAAGAAUUCAGAGAUGCUUGCUGAUUUCCGCACGCUGCGCUCUACUGUGGAGCGGAUGGGGUUGUUCCGGACAGACCCCGUGUUCUUCAGCCUCCAUCUGCUGCACAUCAUCCUGCUGGAGGUCGGCUCCUGGCUGAUGCUCUGGUACCUGGGGGUCAACUGGGCAACCACACUGCUCUGCGUCCUCAUCCUCACCACCUCGCAGUCCCAGAGUGGCUGGCUCCAGCAUGAUUUCGGUCACCUGUCCGUCUUCAAGAAAUCCAAAUGGAACCACCUGCUGCACAAGUUUGUCAUCGGACACCUGAAGGGCGCCUCUGCUAACUGGUGGAAUCACCGUCACUUCCAGCACCACGCCAAGCCCAACAUCUUCAGCAAGGACCCCGACGUGAACAUGCUGCAUGCCUUCGUACUGGGGGACAGCCAGCCUGUGGAGUACGGGAAGAAGAAGCUGAAGUACAUGCCAUAUAACCAUCAGCACCAGUACUUCUUCCUGAUCGGGCCCCCCAUGCUGAUCCCAGUCUACUUCCACAUCCAGAUCAUGCACACCAUGAUCUCCCGCAGAGACUGGGUGGACUUCGCCUGGUCCAUGUCCUACUACCUGAGAUACUUCACCAUGUACAUCCCCUUCUACGGAUUCCUGGGCUCCAUAGUGCUGAUCAGCUUUGUCAGGUUUCUGGAGAGUCACUGGUUUGUGUGGGUCACGCAGAUGAAUCACAUUCCCAUGGACAUUGACCGCGAGAAGCACAGAGACUGGCUGUCCAUGCAGCUGGCCGCUACCUGUAACAUCGAGAAGUCUGCCUUCAACGACUGGUUCAGCGGACACCUUAACUUCCAGAUUGAGCACCACCUGUUUCCCACAAUGCCGCGGCACAGCUACGUGAAGGCAGCGCCUCUGGUGAGGUCACUGUGUGAGAAACAUGGGCUGCACUACGAGGUGAAGACCAUGCUGCAGGGGUUCAGAGACAUCGUGAGCUCUCUGAGGAAGUCAGGUGACCUGUGGCUCGACGCGUACCUCCACAAGUGAUUCUGUGGGGUCCCCCUGCCCCCCAGCGCUCCCUACAGUCCGGGAGGGGGGUGGGGUCUCAGCGCUAAACAUUCCAGGGUUUCUUUUGGUUGUAGACAGAUUAAUUAAAGACAAUGUUGUUUUGUAGUGUAGUUUGAUGAUGCAGACUGAUCUAAAGAGUCACAGACUCACCGUGAUUGUUGUCCGGUCCUGUCCUGUCCUGCCUGACCCAUCCCACAGGUUGUUUUAAGAAUCUUGCUGCAGCAUUUAUUCCAGUCUUUAAUUGACUCCUGGUUUUGAGAAACAGAACACUUUGAGAGGACUUGAAAUAUUUAACUUUGUUCUGUGUGGUUCUAGUUUUGUAAAAAAAUAACAAGGUGUUUUACCUCUUUAAAAAUAAUAGUGGAGUAAACACUGACACACACACACACACUCACACAUACGACCCUCUCUGUGUUUCACAGGCUGUGAUCCAGGUUGAGUGAAAGAUGGAAGGGAGGGAUGGGGUAAGUAUGAAAGAGUAGAAAAAGAAAGUAAGAUAGCAGACGAGUGAACGAACAAAAGAAAGACUGAAGGAAAGGAUUGGAAAGAGAAAGAGAGAGGGAGGUUCUUAAACAAAAAGAAUAAUCAGAGAGUGCUGGUCUGAUUUCCGAUAAGCAGGUAUUCAGGGUGGGGUGCAGUGGGGGAGAUCUCAUUUCUGAUAAGCAGGUAUACGGGGCGGCUCAGAAUUCAGGGUGGGGUGCAGUGGGGGAGAUCUCAUUUCUGAUAAGCAGGUAUACGGGGCAGCUCAGAAUUCAGGGUGGGGUGCAGUGGGGGAGAUAGGCUCUUUUGUCUGGUAAGUCACGUCACACGACACAGCAGUGAAGACGAGUGCUCAGUUUGGAAAGCUGGAACACAGUCUGGUGAAGCGUGAGAUGAGACAUCAGAACGCCGUGAGGCUAGCUGGUGUCCAGCCCAGUCACAGAGUGGGGGUGGGAGUGGGAGUGGGAGUGGGGAGUGUGCUUGUUGGCUCAUGCUGUAAUAUUCAGGAACGAUCACAGCAACCAAAACACCAGUAAACUAGAACCGCAGAAGCUCCACUCAGUGCCAGUCGACCCAGGACCAGAGCUGACCAGGGUUCAUUGCCUGGCCUUGCAAAAGACCUCGAUUAAAAAUAAAAACAAAAUAUUAAUAAAAAUCUUAGAAAACAAACGCUUGCACCUUUUAUGCUGUAAAGCGAUAGUCUAUUUCUGAACUUCUGUCCUCUCUCCUAAGCACACGAAUGUAUUUGUAGUAAAAAAUAAAAAAAUAUAUUUAAUGAACUAACUCAUGAAUUGACUACAUUGUUUUUAACAGCGUGCCUCAACACGACGCCCUCUGCUGGCUGAGAUCCUGUUAUCACUGGAAUCCUUUCCAGUGGUUUUCAGGGUUAGUUAGUUUUGUAUUAUGUUUGACUUUGUAACGGCACCAUGGGGCCAGAUUAUCAAAAGCGUUUACUGCGGCCUUUAAUGAGCUCCUAAAUUCAACAGUAAUGUUACGAACCUGAGAUCCCUGAUUGCAGGCAUGUGUGUUUCAUUCCAGUCCUGGAAAGUCGUUUGCUGUUUCUCUCCUUUCUAAGCAUGGUAUUUUAUUAAACACUGCAGUAACCUGUUGGAACGUGUGGCCGGUGUGCGUGCUGAUCACAGUGUUUUUAAUGCCCCUCGUUUGCGUGUGUUUUGACUCUGUACCUGUGUGCGCGUUCCUGUAUGAAGGUGCCGUGGCUUCACGGAGGCUGGAAGUGAGCCAGCACAUUUGUUUUUUUUUAAAUCAAAUAAAUCUAUUUCAAGAUUAACAACA